UCCCCUGCACUGAAUGAACGCAAGAGUCUUCAGGGUCUUCUUCUGCUUCUCACCCUGGACUGGAGAAGUGCGGGGACAUCUCUCUAUCCCCAUCCACCUCUAUUUCGCUCCAUCCAUACCCGAGAGGAUUUCAAACGGUGCAAUGUGUUUUCAGUCUCUUGCCGCUGCUACCACUUGAUACUAUGCUACGCGCAGGGACAAUGUUUUGCAAAAAUGGAUUUGUUCGAUUUUAAAGGAUUUCUUCUCUAAUACGGAUCACAUUGCACACAAAUAUGACUAAAUCCCCUAUUUGGUAAAUCUUUCUUUCCCCCCCCCCCCCCCCCCCCUUCGGGUUCCCGCCCGCCCGCCCCCACCCCUUCAGAGGAGCAAGCACUGGAGCUGAUGACGGACCCAUUAAUCCCUUCUUCAAUGCAUCAAAAGAAGCCGAAAGGCUGGAAGUCGCUGGGCUCGGAGUCCUGCAGGAAAUGCUUCGAUCUGCUUUUGGUUUUGUAUGAAACUGGUGACUAGGGGCUCGACUCGCCCCUCUGCCGCUGCUGCUGCCGCCGCCGCCGCCCGCCGGCACCUGGAUGCGCCGGCCGCCGCCGUGCCCGCCGCCGCCGCGAUGCAACGCUCAUGGUGGUGCUGAUGAGAGCUCGGGUGCGAUGGGAUUGAGCCGGCGGUGAUCAUUUGAAGGCGGUGAGGGAGAGCGAAGGAGAGGAAGGGCUGCUCUGCUGUGUGUGGGCUUAGGGAUUUUUUUUUUAUUAUUAUUUUUUCUUUUCCUACUUCCAUCCUCUUCCCGCCACUGGAAGUCCUCCCGUAGCUAAAUGGAAUUAGUGGAGACCGAAGCCCCUUGUGUAAGGAACAGACAUGACCCAUGGGCGCAGCUUCUUUCACAUUGUAGCAAGUCUAAUCAUCUUACAUUUGUCUGGGGCAACCAAAAAAGGAACAGAAAAGCAAACUACUUCCGAAGGACAGAAGCCAGUGCAGUGCGGAACUUGGACAAAAUAUGCAGAAGGAGGCAUCUUCACUUCUCCCAAUUACCCCAACAAGUAUCCUCCUGACAGGGAGUGCGUCUACAUUAUAGAAGCUGCCCCUAGACAAUGCAUUGAACUACACUUUGAUGAAAAAUAUUCCAUAGAGCCUUCUUGGGAGUGCAAAUUUGACCAUAUUGAAGUACGAGAUGGACCUUUUGGCUUUUCCCCAAUCAUUGGACGUUUCUGUGGACAGCAGAAUCCACCUAUGAUAAAAUCCAGUGGCAGAUUCCUAUGGAUUAAAUUUUUUGCUGAUGGUGAGCUGGAAUCUAUCGGGUUUUCUGCUCGGUAUAACUUUACGCCUGAUCCAGAUUUUAAGGACCUUGGUGUUUUGAAACCGUUGCCAGUUUGUGAGUUUGAGAUGGGAGGACCUGAAGGAAUUGUGGAAUCUGUGCAAAUUGUCAAAGAAGGAAAAGCUUCUGAAACUGAAGCAGUAGACUGUAAAUGGUUCAUCCGAGCACCACCCCGAUCCAAGAUCUAUUUGCGAUUCUUGGACUAUGAAAUGCAGAAUUCCAACGAAUGCAAAAGGAAUUUUGUAGCUGUCUAUGAUGGAAGCAGCUCUGUGGAGGAUUUGAAAGCAAAGUUUUGCAGCACUGUUGCUAAUGAUGUAAUGCUGCGGACAGGUCUCGGUGUAAUCCGCAUGUGGGCAGACGAAGGCAGUCGAAGCAGCCGAUUCCAGAUGCUCUUCACAUCCUUCCAAGAACCCCCUUGUGAAGCCAACGCAUUCUUUUGCCACAGUAAUAUGUGUAUUAAUAAUACAUUGGUCUGCAAUGGACUCCAGAAUUGUGUAUAUCCUUGGGAUGAAAACCACUGCAAAGAAAAAAGAAAAGCUAACCUGUUGGACCAAUUUACAAAUACCAGUGGGACUAUAAUUGGAGUGACUUCUUGCAUUGUGAUCAUCCUCAUUGUUAUCUCUGUUAUAGUACAGAUCAAGCAGCCUCGUAAAAAAUUUGUCCAAAGGAAAACAGACUUUGAUCAAACAGUGUUUCAAGAGGUAUUUGAGCCUCCUCAUUAUGAGUUAUGCACCCUCAGAGGGACAGGGCCUACAGCUGACCUUGCUGAUGUUGCAGAUGACUUUGAAAAUUAUCAUAAACUGCGGAGAUCCUCUUCAAAAUGCAUUCAUGACCAUCACUGUGGAUCACAAGUGUCUAGCAUUAAGGGCAGCCGUAGUAACCUCAGCACAAGAGAUGCUUCUGUCUUGACAGAAAUACAACCCCAGCCUGUAAAACCACUCAUUCAGCCCAUGAACAGGAGAAAUAUCCUUGUCAUGAAGCAUAGCUACUCACAAGAUGCUGCAGAUGCGUGCGAGAUAGACGAAAUUGAAGAGGUACCAACCACAAGUCACAGGCUGUCCAGACAUGAUAAAGCUGUUCAGCGGUUCUGCCUCAUUGGGUCUCUAAGCAAACAUGAGUCUGAGUACAACACAACUAGGGUCUAAGAGACAAUACUGAGACAACUACUCAUGCAGUCUUUCAAAUUCUGAAUGGAAAAAUCUACAGUGAAUUGUUUCAAUUUCUGAGAGUGGACAUGUUUCUAAUUUCAUUUCAUUGCCUUUGUCCAAACCCAAGAAGUACAGACAUAUUCCACUUCCUUAGCAAGAUAUUCCCAUUGCACAAUAAUAUAUUAUUUUCUAAUUGGGCUGCUGGCCACCAAGUGCUCCUUAGUUUUUAAAUACAUUUGGAGAUUUGCUGCAAGCCUGAAGAAGAAAUUAGCUCCUGAGAUCUGCCCUUUUUUUUUUUUAAUUUUAUUUGAUAUGUUUUAUGUCUGUGGUUUACUUGUAUGUUGCGUGGUAUGUAGGAGAAGAUUUUCAUUGAACUUUUGUUAUAUGUACAUUGUUUUCAUUAUAUAGACUGCUUGAGAAUAGUGCGCUCCUGGGUGAUUUUGAACAUGCUACAAUGAAAUGUGAAACUCGUCCUUGGAAACACCAGCUAGAGGUUUUAUGGACUCUCUGACCAGCUAUUCUCAUAUCAUGACAAAAUUCAACAGUGUUGAGUAAAAUUACUAGAAGGCAAUAAGACUUUGGUUAUUAUGCUUAUCAGUCAUUUCUCUUUUUCUCUCUUCUUUUUGUUGCAAGUUAAAUUCCCAAUUUCAGGAACAAUUUAUUGAAAUCAGGUAUUUAGCCAUUCAUAAUCUCCUCAAUAGAAAUGUUUGUUGGAUAAGCAUCUAGCAAUAUGACUGAAUUUGACAUUGAGAAAAUAAUCUGCAUGUAUGUUUACUGAAUAUUUGAGUUGGCAAAAAACCCUUUAUUAGAUACAUUGUAAAAAGCAUGCAUUCACAAUUAUUGCUGUUACUGUUCCAUUUCUGUGUCAUAUGCUUGCUACUUGUAACUUUUUAUAUAAAAAUACAUAAAACAAUGUAUAAUAAUUUCUUA